CUGCAGAUGGCUGAUGGAUUUCUUAGACUCCACCCUCGAAAAACAAUAGGUGAUGGAUAACACAAUAACAGAAAGAUUUCCAGCGAGGCUCCGCGCGCCUCGACCGCAAGGCAGCGCCAACGGGCCGCUGACUCUCUUGUUUUCGCUGCAUUUGCUCGGUUUCACAUCGCCUGCUGUCGGAAUCAGACUCCUUGCAUCGCGAUGGUUACAUCGAUAGCUCCGGAUCGUUUCCCUGAAAGGAACGGCAGCUGAUUGCCUAUCCGCAUUUGGAACAAUGAAGGUGUCCGCCCAUAUCAGGGCCCGGCGCUUGCGAGCUUCUUCCCUCGAGCUCCCUUUCCAUCCCCUCUCUCCUCACAUACGCGCAAUGAAGGCCGUCCGCAAUAUGCUGGGCCUUCCGCCCUCUGGCGAUGCCGCACGCGCUCUGGAAUGGGACAAGGCCGUUCAUAGCGGCACGCUGUACGAAGGGACCCUAUAUAUGUCGCGCUUCAAGCGAGAUCCCGUGGAAUUCCGGCUCGUUCGAGACGCUGUGCUCGUCAUGAAGCCAGGAGGAAAGCCAAUGAAGGAUUACAAGCGGCCAAUUCCCCUGCUCUUGUUGUCAGUAUCCACGUACGACAGCGGCCCAGAAUGCGGCAUCACCAUAGUCUGCCCAGGCCGAAAGCCGCUGACCUUGUAUACCGAAGACAAGGACGCACAGGCGGAGUGGACGCUGCGAAUCACGACGCAAGCCGGCGAGCUCGUCAGUACCACGCCUUUGAGGGUCAAGAAGCUCGCAUCGAACGGAUUCUUUACCACCGUCCGCUGCUCUUUCCUCUGGCAACAAGGUCAACGCUUGUACGUCGGGACCCCCGAUGGAGUAUACGAGUUCGACAUGCAGAACGUCGGCAAGCCUCGCAAGGUGCUGACCUUGGAUGGCGUACGACAGAUCGGCGUCACGAUGGAUGUCUUCCUCUGUGUGAUACACAAGGAAGUCCUCGCUGCCCCCAUCCCCGCCAUUACACUAGAAAAGCCCGAGCUAUUCCAGCGCUAUGCAGAACGCAUCGCUGUCGACUCCGAGUUCUUCGUCACCGGCCGCUGCCUCGGGAGGCCCAUGGUCUGCACCGUUAAGGCAGGGCACACGAAGGCGUCCGCCCGCGUCUUCGAUCUCGUCCCCGCCAAAAACUCGCACUCACUGCGAGGCUUGACAGAAAUCGUCAUGGCAAAUACAUCGCUCAGCUCCGCACAGUUCCUCGACAAUAAGUUAUGCGCGAUCACGUACGAGGGGUUCCAGACGAUCGACAUCGAGACGCUUGAGUUACAACAUCUGCUGGACGUCAUGGGAGAUGAUCGCGUCCGGUUCGCGAGAGAGGUCGGCGUUGACUCGCUCGACCUGUUCCAGGUGCCAGGUCGUAUCUUGGCCUGCUUCAACUACUGCGCCAUCUGGAUCGACAGGAAUGGGCAUAUGAUGGGCAACACGAAAAUUCUCUGGCAAGGCAAACCAACGAGCUUCGCAUUGUUUGGGCCAUAUAUAAUCGCAGCUGAGCCGUCCUUCAUCGAGGUCCACGAUGCCGAGACGGGCGACCUCGUACAGGUCAUUCGCGGCGAAAACAUUCGUAUAGUCCCAGUCGAGCGCGGACUCGACCCGCGCCAGAACAGGCUCGUCAUUCUGUCCGGUGACCGUCUGUCCGAAAUCUUCUUAUAAGCCUUCACUUCGUUCGUCUUUCAUAAUUCCGUUUUUCUUCUCGCCCUUCGUAUUAUAUUCUUCUCCUUGCAGCUGCUUAUCCUACCUUGGGCCUAAUUUCUCUUGCCCUCUUGCGCCUCCUUCUUCUUCGUAUGUUCGUUUCGACCCGCUGCGCGGUGUCUUUCCCGUGUAUAUUAUCACUCAUGGCGGACCAUAAUGCAGUCACUGUAGCGCCUGUGUCACUAUACAAGCAUCACCGCUUCUAUCACU